AGUGCCUGUACAGCAAAUGUAAUUCUCAAAGGUCUUUGUACAGUGGUUCCGUGUCUGCCAACGACGCCAGUGGAUUGUCUGGUCUUCAGUGUAUGCGAUCUGAAUGCGCAUCACAUGAUGGCUUUUUACACGUAUCUGUGAUAGCAGCUUCGAUGCUGCCGUUAUCGAUGGUGGUCUGCUCUUGGAACUCGAUGAGCACGCCGAAGGAUGUGCAGAGGGAAGCUGUGCUGUUUCUGGCACAGUUACGUCACAGCGACAUCCAGCUGAUCGAACGCGCGAAAACACUUGUGAUGAAAGACAGAGAGUUUGCGCGGGAAGUCUUUUCCAGACGGACAGACGAAUGGACGCUCUUCCACGCUUUCGUUCUGCGGGGUGAACAGAAGCUCACGAAACUGGCCCUCAAGGCCGGAGUGAGUGCCAAUAUUGAAAUGGGAAGACCCGAUAACCUUCCCGGAAACUGCUCACCGCUCCACCUAGCGGCGCAUCGUGGUGACGUGGCGAUAAUCCAGCUUUUGCUCCAAAAUGGCGCAGACGUAAACAAGAACGAUUCCGAUGGCCAUGCGCCCAUUUUUUACGCAAUUGAGGCGAAAAACACGCUAGCAGUAAAGACGUUGAUAAAAUACGGUGCAGACACAUCCAAGUUCACGCCGGAACAGAAAUCUUUGUUUUGCAAUCGAACUCACUGGAGAACACGUGCAUUGUUGUGCUUUCGACCCUAAGGACGCAAUCCUUGAGACAAAUAUUAACAUAAUUUAUUUAUGUGCAUUGUGAUAUCGUUUUAUUUUUAUUUUGUCUCUCUAUUAACUGAAAUAUGCAAUUUUAAGUGACCGUUGCUCAUGUGCGGGUCAGAAGGUUGAAAGAAUGUGUUUUUAUACUUUGAUAUUUUUUUACACCAAAUAGUAUUUUGAAUUCAGAUGAAAACAGCUUUGUCAGUAAUAUCCAUGAAUAUAGUUCAAGUGUUUUGUGUUUUCAGUUUUAGAUUGCAGAUCACAUGGUUAAACAGUGUAAUACUGUGUUUUGUGUUUUCAGGUUUAGAUGGCAGUUCACAUGGUUAAACAGUGUAGUACUGUGUUUUGUUUUCGAGUCUGUGUGAUUUGGGGCUGGGAGGCGAUGAUCAGUUCUUUUGUGAAACGGUGAAAAAAGAACCUCAUUGAAUUUGUCCCAGAAUGUUUGUUUGGUUUUUGGUUUUUGUUUGUUUGUUGUUGUUUUUGUUCUGUGGGUGUUUGGUUUUGGUUUUUAGGGAGAGGGGGUUCGGGUUGUUUUGUUGUUGUUUUUAAGGGAGGGGGUUGAGUUGAACGAAAAUUCAAUAAUGUUCGGAUUUUUUUUAAAGAUUUCCUUCAAAUACGAUUAUUUCUGGAAUAACCACCAAGCGUGUUAUCGUAGUUGUGGUUUCAUUUCAUUGAGACGUGUUUAAAUUUUACACGUUCAAAAACAUAAUUGUGAUACAUUCCUUGUUCCAUCUGUACAACAGAUAUUGUUUGUUGACACGUAAUCUGUGUAGAUUUUGUAUUUUUCUAUUAUAUUUAUAUUUAUUACCUCUUGGUACGGUCAUAUAUGUUGUAUAAAUGCCAUGUUAUCUAGUUGUUUCGCGCUUACUGACCUAUGGACUGGUCGGUACUAAAAUAUGACAUUACGUUUGGUGAACUCCCAUGGUAAAUGCGUGUGUACAGGAGAACGGUUUCAGAAGUCGAAACCCCUCUUCUCUCCCCUGCUCAGGCAAUGUUCUUUUUAAAAACAAAUUAAAUAUCUUUUCAACGGGAGCAUGACUCACAACGCUCGCUAGUCUAGACCCCCCCCCCCCCCCCCCCACACACACACACACACACACACGCUAAACUCUUGCACACGCGCCGUGUCACGUAUUUAAAGCAAAGUUUAGUGUUAAAAAGCGGGCAUCACCUUUUUGUAGCGAUUUCUAACUCUUCCCCCCCCUCCCCUCCACAAAAACCAUUACCUGGAAAUUGAGUAAAACUUUAGAAAUGGUAAUAAACGAUUUGCCAUUAUCAAGUGUAUGUCGAGAGUGAAAUAACAUUAAUUUGUUUUUGAGGUUGAGUGCCUGUCAAAUGACCAGUAGGCCUAGUUCACUGGGGACAAACACGUGAUAACAACUGGUACCGAGGUUGUUAUUACAUUUAGUAUCCGGUUAUUGUUUGCAGUUGUCUUCUUCAUGUUACUGUGUAUUCAAAACACCAUUCCAAACAAUAUUCGCAGUUUUUCUAUUAAAGUUAAUGUUACUGUAAUAGUAAACCCCAAUAUAACAAAUGUAUCGGUUAGAAUGUCAUCCAGUUUUGAAAAUAUAUCCUCCAGCACGUUUAUUCCUUGAUAGUUACUGACAAUGUAGAAACGAUUCAAACAAUUUUCAUAACGUUUUCUUUCUUUAAAACAUUCAGUAGAAGAACGUUAACAUUAUUGAUUACAGAAAAGGAAGUACGAGUAAAAUGUAGUUGUGGGCAUCAACAAACUUGCAUACAUAAUCUAUAUAGACUGAAAAAGUAAAAUGUUCUAUUUAAUAUAUAACGUGUUGUCUUAUCCAAAGUCUACUGACGCCAUCAGGCACUUGUUAAUGGUAAGACUUAAAAAAGUCAAAUUCAUUAUGGUAUAGUGCUUAGGUAGGAACAAUAUUAAACACAAUACAAUACAAAUUAGCGGUAGAUAAAAACGUAUUAUACAUAUUAUAAACAAAAUUUUGCAUAUUUGUCAAGCGACUCCCAAUCUUUUUUUUUUUCCCAGAGUUAAAACUUUGUGUUUAUGAAAAUAGAACAUUGAUGAAACAGCAUCGGAACAGAAAUAAAGGUGAACGGUGGUUAAACAAUAAAUAAAUAAAUAAAUAAAUAAAUAAAUAAAUAAUUAAAAUAAAAAUAAAUAAAUAAAAUUAAUGUUUUGGGGGUUUUUGGGGGGUUUUUUGGGGGGUGGGGGGUGGGGGGGGGGGGGGGGGGGGGGUCAUGCCAUUGUGUGUUUUACCAAUUCAGAUGUCUGGCGAUGUACAGUGGUGAUAUAAGCAAUAAAAUCGUAUUCUCGCCAGUUACCCACAACACUAUUAAAUCACUGACAUUCUUGGAUAUUUCACAGAAUGCUAUACUAUAAAUGUGUAUAUGAUUCAAUGAACAAAGGUGCAUACCUAUAUAUUAAUUACGUGGUUGUCUAUCUUCAUGUAAAUCAAACAGAUUCAUUUGGAAAGACAUCGACAGUCUACGCAUUGUUAACUUGUUUGUCUAUCUUCAUGUAACAAACAUUUAAUAUUAUUGGGUUUUUGGGUUUGUAUGAGCUUUAUUUGUUGUCGUAAUUUUUUGCAAUUAAAUAUACAUAUGACCUCAAGGAAUUCUAAAACUGCAAUUUGGAGUUUUAUAUUUUAUAUUUAAACAUUUAGAAUAGAUCAUCAACUUCCGUUUUCUUCUCGUGACGUCAUUCCUAGAUGCCACUGAAACGUAAUGAACAACUUUAUUCAGUAGUAUAUCGGACACCUAUAGUGAAUGCAAAUAGGUCAAGUCGUGACCUCUCUUUACAUUAUAUUGUCCAAAAUGACGCAGUUGUGACCUGCAUGUAAGGAGAUGACGAUAUCCGUUGAUUGCAAAAACUCGAAAGGUUUAUUAAAGGUGCUUCGUCUUUUCACAAUAUUUAAUAAAUUUGUGUUAUUAUUACCCGUACACAUUGGGUUAAACAUGUCUUGGUUCAUAUCGAAGUGUCACGUUCCACUAAUCACGAUGAUGUCUUACGAUUGGCGCAGUACAACCUUACCGGAACGUCAGUCAAAGAAAUACAAAAUCGAUUAUGGGCAAUAAAUAGGAUAUUAAACUCGAUAACAUAUCCUGUCGCGGUUAUGCCCUUGUCUAGACAAAGAGUAAAUGAUCUGUUAAGUAUUCACAAUUACCACACAUUCUGACAAUACACCAAGGUGUAUUUAUUUCUAAAAUGUAUUUACACAAAUUGAAUAUGAUUAAAAUACACCAAGACACUGUGUUGAGCUUCUACAGACAUUGGAACAACCAAGAAUACAAGAUUGGAUGUACAGAGCUGAACAUUCUAAAGGCGAACUCGCACGUUACGAGUGCCUCGUACGAAUACAUCGAUUUUAUAUCAACAGAAACAAAAUACAAAUCUAGGCGUUGAAAGCGGAGGCUGACUUGCACACUGUUUCCAACUCUGAUGAAUAGGUCUUUCUCCCUCGUUGAAUAGUCCAAGUAAUAUAUUACUGACCCUUCCAGUUGUAGGCAUCUUACGACGCCAAUAUUUCAAUAUUAGUUCAUUAUAUUACGAAAGACGUAAGGACGUUUCUUUAAGUAUACAAAUAAUCUGUGUGCAUGACACAUUAGAUGUAAUAUUUUCACCUAUCGGUAUAAUAAGAAUGAAUUGGUUUAACGUUGUGAUACUGUGAAUUUUUGAAGACUACUUUUAAUGAAAUAAAUAUAAUGUUAUUUUCUC